CUGCAUAAACAAAUAAAAAAGGAAGUGUCUUUCUCUUACCAGUCCCCGCGAAUCGGGUCGUUUUCCCGGUCUUAAUCAGUCUUUUCCUUCGUGGGUUCUCUUCCUUUGUUUCUUUUCUUUCAAAAGCAUCGCCUUCUCCGCGGGCAGAGCUCUGCACAGUAGUAUAUAUAGUCAACUGCAGAAUCUGUUUGAUCAUCAAUCGCUCCAUACUGAAGAAUCAGAAAGAAAAAAAAGGAAAUCAAAAUCAAGGAAAGAAUGGCGGCAGAAGAAGGCCAGGUUGCUGUGACAGUGAGCAACAAGCAAGUGAUUUUCAACAACUACGUUUCAGGCUUCCCGAAGGAAUCCGACAUGUCAAUCGUCGUCGGGGAAAUCAACCUCAAACUCCCCGAAUCCGCCGCCGGCGGCCUUCUGCUGAAGAAUCUCUACCUCUCCUGCGACCCUUACAUGCGCCCUCGUAUGAGAAAUUCCUCUGGCUCCUACGUCGGUGCCUUUCAGCCAGGAUCACCAUUGAGUGGAUAUGGAGUGGCGAAGGUUUUGGAAUCAGGGCAUCCUAAUUUUGAGAAGGGUGAUCUGGUGUGGGGGUCAACAGGGUGGGAAGAGUACACUGUGAGUACAGAACCUGGUCAACUCUUCAAGAUUCAGCACAAAGAUGUCCCACUCUCCUAUUACACUGGGAUUCUUGGUAUGCCUGGAAUGACUGCCUAUGUUGGACUGUACGAGCUCUGCUCCCCUAAGAAGGGAGAGUAUGUGUAUGUUUCAGCAGCUUCAGGCGCAGUUGGUCAGCUUGUUGGGCAGUUUGCAAAGCUGGCUGGCUGCUACGUUGUUGGAAGUGCAGGAAGUCAAGAAAAGGUUGAUCUGUUGAAGAACAAGUUCGGAUUCGACGAAGCUUUCAACUACAAGGAGGAGCAGGACUUGGCUGCUGCACUGAAAAGGUACUUCCCUCAAGGCAUUGACAUCUACUUCGAGAACGUGGGCGGGAAGAUGCUGGACGCCGUGCUAGGGAACAUGAGGCUCCGGGGCCGGAUUGCUGUCUGUGGGAUGAUCUCUCAGUACAACCUGGAGAGCCCUGAAGGGGUUCACAACUUGGCAAGCUUGAUCAUGAAUCGAAUUCGAAUGGAAGGGUUCAUAGUCAGUGACCACUACCAUCUGUACCCCAAGUACCUGGAGAUGGUCGUGCCCAAGAUCAAGGAAGGGGAGAUUGUUUACGUGGAAGACACGGCUGAAGGGUUGGACAGUGCUCCUGCUGCUCUGGUUGGGCUGUUCUAUGGGCGAAAUGUCGGGAAGCAAGUUGUUAAGGUUGCUGAUGAUUGAAGGGGGAGUGUUUGGUCGUUGUGUUGGGGAAAUGAAAGUGUACGAUUCCUUGUUUGUGUGUUUUGAGAUUGUGAGAUGAUGGUCUUGAUCGGAAGAUGAAUAAAGCAAUAUUUGGAACUAAGCAUCAUGAAGAAGAAAUCUGAGUGAAAAAGCUAUAAGUCUAUGAUAUAAAAUCAACUACACAAACAAUAGGACACCACAAGGUCGAACCACGUUUGUUCCUCGUGUUCUUUUGUUUUUGUGCACUAUCGAGUUGUUCGCGGUAUAAGAGCUCUGGUAAGUGAUAAUAUUCAGGUCACAUUAUUUUCUUUCAUAAUGAGUAGCGAUAAUGAGAAAUAUAGUAACAUUACGUCUUUUUUUGGGAGCAACGAGCAACAACAUAAAUCCUCAAAAACCGCUCAGUUUGCAUCUGUGCACAAUACCAAAAAUCAAUUUGCUGAAAAGAAACUUAUGGACUCCAACUUACCGACAACAGUUGUAGAAAAAGUUGUUAUUGACUAUUAAAUUUCAAUUAAAGUUGAUCAAUAACAAUUGGACAAGUAUGUAUUGUAGAAAAUACAUUAAUUUAAUCAUGUAUUAGGCAUGUGAUUAGAGGAGUUCACAUAAUGCCUCAAUUUAGUAUUUGGUUUGCAACAACGGUAUUGAAUUAUUAAAAUUUUUCUAUGUACGCAAGAAUUGUUAGAAUACACAUAUCGUUCGAAUAAUACGAUUCCAUAAAAAAAUAUAAAAAAGCAAGUUACGCAUGCAUUUGUUCUAGAAAUCAGUUGGCAUGAUUGCUAAGAAACACCUAAAUACGUGCAUCAAACGUUUUACAUAUAUUUUUAAAAGCAUUUUAUGUAUAUAGUGAUAUUUCAAUCAUAAUACGAAAGAACGAUAGUUUAAAACACAUAAAACACGUGCAAUAAUGUGAUUUUAACACACUGCUUGGUAUAAAUAAAUUCCAUAAGUUUUGAUGAAUUCAGUUGAAAAUGAAAGAUUUUUGUGUUUGGUAUUUAAAAGAAUUCAUUUUCAAUUAUAAAUUUUGAAUUCUACGCAAUUGGAACUAGUUAUAGCAAUUUCGAGGAAUUGAGAUGAAAUUUUCAAAUGAAUUCUACAAGUAUUUACUAAUUAUAAUAGAAUGAGAUAAUUAUCUUCAUUUAUUAACCAAAUUACUUCUACACAUAUUAUGUAGCACCAAUUCAUGCCGUAUGAGAAACGUUAGCAAGAAUUUGAUUGCAAUGCUAGUUGCAUAUGCUGGUUAUUUGAUAUUUAUACUUCGAUUGUAUCAAUAUGUUGAGAAGGCACAACUAGAGUAUAGGGUUCAUCGAUGAAAUAUUAGGAAAUAACUAAUGAAUAGAAUAGAAAAACAUAAUAACACUUUUGAUAUUCAACAUAUGGGACCAAAAGCGUUUUUUAGAAGAUAGAUUUUCAAUGAAUAUUGUUUUUGCCGAAAAUUAAUAAGGAUGUAGUUGGAAACUUUUUAUUUAAUUCAAUUCUAAACGUGUGCCAACAUGGUUUUGGCAUUUAUUUCUAAAGAUUCGAAUAUGAGAUACCAAACAUCGGAAUUUAUUUGAUAAUGAAUUCUACGCGAUAAUUCAUAUUAAAAUGAAAUGAAUUCCCGAUUCAUUUGGUACCAAACGAUUUCCAUUUGUAUCAAACAUAUAACAGAAAGAUAAGCUUGGAUUAUACUCGCUUUGAAGUAGGGGUAGGCAUCUGGUUCGGUAAACCCGAACCAAACCGAAACCGAACUAUUACUAUUCGGAUCGGAAUUCGAAACCAGAAUGUGGGUAUUUCGGAAACCAGGGUGGUCAUACCGAACUCGAAAUUCCGAAACCCGAACCGAGAACCCGAAAUAUAUGCCCAGCCCAGUU